GUGACUUAGAGGAGUGCAGCAUACAGCAGCGCAGGAGUCUCCUGACAUCAGAACAGUGUGAUUCAUUCAGGCAAGAAGGGAAGAAAGGAGUAGCACAAUCCUGAGAGGAGUAUGAGGAUGUAAGAGUAAGUUAGAGGGCUGUGGGAACUCAUCCAGUCUGUCGGAGAGGACGGCAGCUGAAUAAAUCUGGGCUGAAGCUUCCCUCGCACCUGCUGGUGGGACUAACACUUCUGGAUAUUCCGUUGAGACUCGUGUGUGUGAGCGUUUCCUACGGUCCUCUUUAGUGUUCCAGAAAGCCAGUGUUUGAUCAGCUUGCUCUUUUGACAGACAGAAAGACUAGCUGUUUUUUGGAGCACUAGAGCGUUUCCGUCAGGGUUAUUCCGAGAGACAUGAUAGAGAAUGAAAUCAAGAAUGUGACUUCCGUUCCAGAGCAUGGAGAAGUCAAGUAGCGAGGAAUCCGCCAUCCACCGCAGCCCCUCCGUGGACAGCCACGACUCGGACUUUGCCCAAGCCUCCACCUCCGGGCGGCCGUUCGGAGGACGAGGCUUCACCGCCGGAGCUUUCUACGGGUCCACCGGCCCACGUGCACAAAGCGCUGCUCAGAGCGGGGCGGCCGGGGACGAUAAGAGCAGCAAUAAGUACAAGGCGCCUAAAGGCAGCAAAUACGUGGUCUUUUAUCUGGAUCUAUCAUUUGUGUUCCUUCUAGAGUUCAAGAAGUGCAACAUGGCGAGAGGCUGCUUGUGCUGUCUGAAAUACAUGAUGUUCGUCUUCAACCUCAUCUUCUGGUUGUGCGGCUGUGGGCUGCUGGGGGUUGGAAUCUGGCUGUCUGUGUCUCAGGGCAGCUUCGCCACCUUCUCCCCGUCAUUCCCCUCCCUCUCCGCUGCCAACAUGAUCAUCGCUAUAGGAGCCAUCGUCAUGGUGACGGGCUUCCUCGGUUGCCUGGGCGCCAUAAAGGAAAACAAGUGCCUGCUUCUGAGCUUCUUCAUCGUCUUGCUGAUUAUUUUGCUGGCUGAGCUGAUUUUGCUCAUUCUGUUCUUCGUGUACUCUGAUAAGGUCAGUGAGAACGCCAAACAGGACCUGAAAGAUGGUCUGGCCCUCUACAACACGGACAACAACAUCGGGCUGAGGAACGCCUGGAACAUCAUCCAAGCUGAGUGGAAGUGUUGUGGAGUAACGGGUUACACAGAUUGGUACGAGGCUCUGAAAGAGAAGGUGGUGCCCGACCGCUGCUGUCAAGAGCAUUAUCAGGAGUGCGGCCGAAAUUCCACCAACAUGUUCUGGACACGAGGCUGCUAUGAGAAGGUGGAAGAGUGGCUUGAAGAUAAUAAACACCUUCUCGGGACAAUCGGCAUGUGCAUCCUGUUAGUUCAGGUAAGAUUGUGUGUCUCUCUGUGUGUGUGUGUCUCUGUGUGUGUGUCUCUCUCUGUGUGUGUGUGUGUGUGUGUGUCUCUGUGUGAGUGUCUCUCUCUCUGUGUGUUUGUGAGUGUGUCUGUGUGUGUGAGUGAGUGUGUGUGUGUGAGUGAGUGUCUCUGUGUGUGAGUGAGUGUGUGUGUGUGUGAGUGUCUGUGUGUGUGAGUGAGUGUCUGUGUGUGUGUCUCUGUGUGUGUGUGUGUGUGAGUGUCUCUGUGUGUGUGUGUGUGUGAGUGUCUCUGUGUGUGUGUGUGUGUCUCUCUCUCUGUGUGUUUGUGAGUGUGUCUGUGUGUGUGAGUGAGUGUCUCUGAGUGUGAGUGAGUGUGUGUGUGUGUGAGUGAGUGUCUGUGUGUGUGAGUGAGUGUCUCUGUGUGUGUGUGUGUGUGAGUGUCUCUCUCUCUGUGUGUUUGUGAGUGUGUCUGUGUGUGUUUGUGUGUGUAUUUAUCACUUUGUGGGGACCAAAUGUCCCCAUAAGGAUAGUAAAACCCGAAAUGUUUGACCUUGUGGGGACAUUUUGUCGGUCCCCAUGAGGAAAACAGCUUAUAAAUCAUACUAAAUUAUGUUUUUUGAAAAUGUAAAAAUGCAGAAAGUUUUCUGUGAGGGUUAGGUUUAGGGGUAGGGUUAGGUUUAGGGGAUAGAAUAUAAAGUUUGUACAGUAUAAAAACCAUUAUGUCUAUGGAAAGUCCCCAUAAAACAUGGAAACACAACAUGAGUGUGUGUGUGGGUGUAUGUGAGUAUGAUUGUGUGUGUGAGUGUGUGAGUCUCUGUGUGUGUGUGAGUGUAAGUGUCUCAGUGUGUGUGUGAGUGUCUCAGUGUGUGCGUGUCUCAGUGUGUGUGAGAGUGUGUAUGUGAGAGUGUCUCUGUGUGAGUGUCUCUGUGUGUCUGUGUCUCUCAACGGAUCGGUGAUAAUGAGUGUGCCCUUCUCAGCUGCUUCUGCUGAAAUAUUGAAGCAUUUGUAUGGAGCAGGACAGUGUUGGAGCGAGCAGGUGAAGCCCUCAUUAACAUGAUACGUGACGGUGAACCCGUCUAACCUCAUAUAAUGUCCACCAGUGCUUCAUUAGAGCACGACUUCAAUAUUUACUGGAUUAUCAAUGAAGUCAGGUCUAACAUAUACCCACCACUAUCAGUAGUUCAUUAACUUCAGAGUCCAGAACUUUCUAGAAACUCAGCUGGGAUGCGUUAUAUGUAGCACAAAGUAAGAUAUGGAGUCAAAUGUGUGUUUUGUCUCUAGUAGAGGGUUUAAAUGUUGGUUAGUUCAAACCCGUCUUAAAUUAGAAUCAGUGUGGUAAUUUUCCACUAUUAUCAUAUAUGUGUUACAGCUCGUGUGUAAACAAGUGAAUAUAAUCAAACCACACGGGCAUACAGCACAUUUAAUGUGUUCUUAGGACAAAGGUAUUGCUCAUGAAAGUCAGUUUGUGGUCACAUUUAUCGGGGCAGAUUGUCACGUGAUAUACUGCAUGUUAUAGGCGUAGAUUUAAAGUCAGUUUCCAUUGUGACAAC